UUUCCGGUCAACCUAACUACUAUAACAAUCCCUCAAUUUUUCAAACUGUUGUUGUAACGAAAAAGAAAUGGACCAGGUCGAGGAAAGAAUCGUCGAGGAAGUAAGGAAAUAUGACCAUCUUUACAAUCCUUCCUCGAAAAACUACAAGGACUGCCAAAUGGCAAGCAAUUCGUGGAGAGAAAUCGCUGAAAACACUGGGCUAGAGGUCACAGAGUGUAUGAAAAAGUGGAAGAACGUUCGCGACAAAUAUGUUCGUGUCCGAAAAAGAAUGGCCUCAAAGAACGGCGACCCAGGCGGACGAAAGGUGCCAGCCUUCUAUCACGCUUUGUCUUGGCUAGCCCCACAUGUAAAGCACCGGGAGACGGAGACAAAUUUAAAGGUGACAAAGCACCGGGAGACGGAGACAAAUAUAAAGGUGACAAAGGUGGCGUCCAUCAGCUCCUCGGAGAGCGACACAACCGAGGUUGAUUCCUCCCCGGAAUCUUUUAUUCCCCCAGCACCACCUGCAUCUUCUGCUCCUGACGAUGAGUGGAUUUUGAAUAAGAUAGCGAGCCUGGAGCAACGCAGGUUGGAGUUACAGAAGAAGAUCCAGCAUGAGACUGAUGAGUGCUCUAGAUUUGCACAAACUGUUGCUGAUCUGCUGCGCAGAGUGCCAGAGGACCGUAGACCGGACAUUAUGUAUAAAGUCAUCGGUGUGAUUCUUGAAGGCAGAGAAUAGGUAUUGGUUGAUAUUAUUUUUACUGCAUGUAUAUGUUUCAAUUUCAUACUGCACUAUUAAGAAAUUUGAUGUACAGCUUUAUGUGUCGGUUAAAUGAAAAUAAUAUUUUAAUGAAAAUAACAAAGCAUACAAAGACCUUUAGCCUCAAGCCUGUGGAGCCAUUAGCGCAAAAGCCUGUUUAUUGUGCACUUAUAGCAUCUGCAUAGACUUCAUAAUAUAUUGACGGGACGCGGGGCUGAUAAAUAGGGGGCCUGCAUUGUUGGCGAGGCCGUCAAAGCUGACAGAGUGAAAUCAUAAAGAGCUUUUUUCGUUGAAAAUUCUUGUGAAUAAAUGCUUAAAUCCCUGAAUUCUUUAUGGAUAUGAACGUAAAACUGUCUCGAUUCUUUGUCUCGAUUCUUAGUCAAAAACAAGAAAAAAAGAAAAACUCGCUGUCGGCAUUUAUUUUACGUAAAUAUAUCGAAGUAAAAUACUAGUCUGUUAGUGAAUGUACGUAGCUAUCGGCCACCUUAUGUAAACAGAGCUUUUCUGGUGAAAAUUCUUGUGAAUAAAUGCUUGAAUCCCCAAAUUCUUUAUUGAUAUGGACGUAAAACAGUCUAGAUUCUUGAUUAAGAGCAUCAAAACAAAAAAAGUGCAAUUAGCAUGUAUUUUAUGUAAAUUUGUCAAAGUACAUUGCUAGUCUGUUAGUGAAUGUAGCUAGCGGCCGCGUUAUGUAAACAGAGCUUUUUCGGUGAAAAUUCUUGUGAAAAAAUGCUUCAGUCCCCGAAUUCUUUAUAGGUAUGGAUGUCAAACAGUCUCCAUUCUUGGUUGAAAGCCAAAAAAAAAAAAACCUGCAGUUAGCGUUUAUUUUACUUAAAUAUGUUGAAGUACAAUGCUAGUCUGUUAGUGAAUGUAGCUAGCGGCCGCCUUAUGCAAACAGAGCUUUUCCGGUGAAAAUUCUUGUCAAUAAAUGCUAAAAUCCUCAAAUUCUUUAUAGAUAUGGACAUAAAAAAUGUCUCUUCUUGGUUAAAAGCAAAAAAAAACAAGCAGUUAGCAUUUAUUUUUGGUAAAUAUUGCGAACUACGAUGCCAAUGCGGUAGCGGCUAAUUUCUCCCAUUUUUUUUUUUUUACGUUUCAAAAUUCAUGCAUGGUACGGAAAAUAUAACCUUGAAUCCUCGGAACAAAUCACUCCUGACACAAUCCUGCCUGUUUGUAUGCGGUACAGCUUUCGUACUUUUUCAACAGAAAUCUGGCGUUGGAUCGCUGCGUGCGUGUGUCUGUGAAUAGCUCUUCUUGAUUUGGGCAGCCCCCUACUUGAAGGUGUGGCACAGUGCAUGACCGAUCUGACCCGUCAAUACCAUUAUGAAGUCUAUGGCUUGUAGUUUUUUUUUAGUCACUUUAUUCCUAUGUCUUCUUAUAUACUUCAAUUUUGGGGGAUGCCCCCCC